AUGGGUAACACACAUGAGCCAGAGGAUAAAAUCGCCGUGGAUCCAGCGAUUCAUCUCACAAAGGUUUACGACGAUGAUUGGCAAUCAGAAACCACUUCAAUCGGCUCCUCACUUUAUCGGGGUUUAGAGGAGAAUGGUCGACGGUAUCAAACAUUGAGCCAAAAAGAAUAUCUGAUUCCAUCGGACGAGAAACAGUUCGAGACAUAUGAAGCUGGCCACUUAGUAGCCCUCGUUAUGGACUCAGACUACGACAACCCACUUUUCCGGGCGCCUGUGAAAAAUCCCAAGAACAUCCUCGACCUGGGAACAGGUCUAGGUAACUGGGCCAUCGAUGUAGCCGACAUGUUCCCAGAAGCCACCGUCCGUGGAGUCGACCUCUUCCCACCACCAGUAACAUGGGUCCCGCCAAACUGCAUCCUAGAAGUCGACAACAUCGCCGAAGAAUGGACGUGGAACGAACCCCAAGACCUAAUCCACAUGCGCAUUUUGAUCGGAGCCUUCGACUACAACGAAUGGGACCGUCUCUACAAGCAAUGUUACGACAAUCUCCGCCCAGGCGGUUGGAUCGAACAACUAGAAGCAAGUCCCUACGUCGAAUGCGACGACGACAGCCUCCCAGACGACAACAUCCUCCGCAGCUGGGGACCAGCAUUAUCAGCCUGCGGCGAGCGUGCAAACCGUCCCCUAGGAACGAUCGACAUGAUGCAAGACGCCUUCCGCAAAGCCGGGUUCGUGGACAUCCAUGAAAAAGAAUACAAAUGGCCUCUUGGCCCGUGGGCGCGUGAUCAGAAAUAUAAAGAGGCCGGCACUGUGAAUUAUCAUCAUUGGAUGUCUGGGAUGGAGGGGUGGGCUAUGUGGUUGCUUUGUAAAUUCGGGGCUCCGGAGCCUUGGACGCAGGAUGAGGUUAUUGUUUACGUUGCGAAAUUGAGGAAUGAGCUUAAGAAUCCUCGGUAUCAUAUUUAUGAGCGCGCGAGACGUGUGUGGGCGAGGAAGCCUUUUCCUGAGGAGAUUGCGGCGAGGGAUCGGGAGCAUAGUGAGAGGGUUAUUCUCAAGAUUGAGGAGUAG